GUGACGCCGUGUCGUGCUAAGACUUCUCGUGGAGCAGCAACCAGCCUGUGGCCAUGGCGGCCCGGCGGCCCGACGUUCCCGCUAUUGAGCACAGCUCUGGAGGGCUUCUAGGAAAGAUGUCCCUGCCGAUCGGCAUGCACCGGCGGGCGUUCAGUUAUGACGAUGCCCUGGAGGACACGGCACCGAUGACUCCUCCCCCUUCAGAUAUGGGCUCCAAUGUCCUGUGGAAACAGCCAGUCAUCCCAGAGCGCAAGUACCAGGAGCUGUCACAGGUUGAGGAAGGGGAGACUAACAGUUACCUGCCUGUCAUAACCCCUUCAUCUUCUACUGAGAAUGUGAACAAGGCCCCUGUGGUGAAGGCCAAGGCCACUUACAUCAUCAUGAAUUCUCUCAUUACAAAGCAGACUCAGGAGAGCAUGCAGCGCUUUGAGCAGCAGGCAGGGCUGACUGAUGCUGGAUACACUCCCCACAAGGGCCUCACAGCAGAGGAGACCAAGUACCACCGCGUGGCCGAGGCGCUUCAUAAGCUGAAGGUGCAGAGCGGAGGGGCAGCUGCCAGAGAUGACUGUCAAGCUUCCUCCACGCAGUCCUCUCCCAGCAACACUCCCCAUUGCUCCCCCAAGCACAAGAACCGAGGCUGGUUUAGCCAGGCCCCCUGCACCGCCAUCCCUGGCCCAGACUUUGUCUCCAUGGAUCCCGCUGGGGGUGACCGAGACCGUGUAGCUGCUGAGAAAUGGAGCUUCUUUGGACCCAAGUCUGUGCAGAAGCCCAGCUGUGACCCAGGGGGCUUCACUGUCCAGCCAUACAAGGGUGCCCAAAAGCCGUCCCCAAUGGAGCUGAUCCGUGCCCAGGCCACUCGCAAGGCAGAGGACCCAGUUACCUUCAAGCCACCCAAGAUGGACAUCCCAGCCCUGGAAGGGAAGAAACAGCCCCCUCGGCCGCACAACCUAAAGCCCCGGGACAUGAAUGUGCUCACGCCCACAGGCUUCUAGGUGCACAGGAUGCACCAAACUGCAGUGUCCUUCCAGCUCGGCCCUGGGGAAGCAGCAGCCCCUGCUCUCCAGGGGCAAAUCCAAAAUCUGUUUCCUUUCUAGAGAAAGCUUCUGUCUUGGCAUUAAAGCCACAGAGAUCCUCUGCACUUUGCAUUGGAGCCCUGCUUCUCCAUAGAGCAGGGGACCCCAGGGAGAUGCACACUCCCUCCCUGCCCCCCAAAACCACACCUGGUGGGAAGCUUUGGACUC